CAACAAUCUUAAUUCUUAAAGAUCAUGAACCAAAAGAAAGAAACUGAAGUAAAAUAUAGAACAAAGAAACAAAAGAAGAAUAAGAGGAAAGCAGACAAGAAGAAACAGAAGAGGUUGAGUCAGGCCGCAGAGGGUCUGAAUGGAGGUUUGGAAGAGGGAUUGGAAGGGAAGAACAAGGAGAGGUGUUCAGAGAGGUUUCAGAUGAGAGAAAGAUUGGAAAUUGGGGUUCCAAAGAGUAGGAAUGGGAGAGUGAAGGUGGCUGGGACUGAUGAGAGUUCUAUGAAUGGUGUUGAGAGUUCUAAUGGGGAUGGGUAUGUAAGCUCAAUAGAAGAAGAAAAAAAUAACUCUGAAAAUAUACACAAAAACACUGCCGACUUCGAAUCCUACAUCCAAUCAGCAAUGGGUAUCCCUGUAAAUCACUCAGGUAUCAAGGUCACUCCUGUCUGAACCCAAUCUUUAAGCACCCUUAACCCAAGGCAGAUUGCCAAACUCGUCCACAGAUUUUCCAAUAAUUAGCCAAGUGAUCUUCCCACAAAUCUCAGAACAAACUUCAGUUCUAAAGAAAAGGGAAGUUCUGUAUGCAACCAAAACAUCUGAAGAAGACAUGGAAGUAGAGGAAGCUUACCAAGAAGUCCAAGAAAAUAUGGAGAACCAUCGGAUCAGUUAUAUAAAAAGAAUGGAGUUCGAGCAAGUAUAUAAGGAAAUUUCACAUAAAGAACUCUCAAAGUUGAACGAAAUAAUUAAGCAGCUUGAUUUCAAAAUCCGAAUCCAAAAAGAGAAGUAUCUAGGAGCUGUACAGAGAAACAAGAAGAAAACUGCAGAAGCAGGUGCAGUGCUAGACCAAAAAGCCCUGAUCUCAGCCCAGGUCCAACGGAAGAUACAGCACAAAUAAAUCAAUGGAGCAGCAGUUUCAAGAAUUCCAAGAGAAAAUGAGGCAAAGGAAGGAAGACCUCUAUGAAAAGUUACUGAAUUACCAGAAAGCAGUAAAGAUGUUCAAUGAAAAGAUUCAUAAUAUCGAAGCUGAAGCUAAGGAAUACCGGAACAAAUAUAAUGCUAAAAUUUUGACUAUCCAAAAAUGUGAGAAAUCAGUUCAUGAUGCUCUAAAGGAGAAAGAAAGUAUUAAAGAGCUAAGUCAUGAAUCAUACAAAAAGAAAACUUCUGAAUUAUUGAGUGAGAUUAAUAUGGUGAAGCAAGAGAUUUUCAAAAUAGAAGGUGAUGCCCAAAUUCUACAGGAGGAGAUCGGGAAACUUGAAGAGCAGAAGAAUGAAAUUGAUGCUGAACAACUACUCAAGGAAUCUAAAGUUCUAGAAGUCUCAGAAUUAUUUGACAGCGUAAUCUCUAAAUAAGAUAAAAUUACAAGAAUUAGGGGAGAAAUUCAGAUAUCUAUACAAAAAAUUGGAUAACUCUAGAGAAAUUUUAGAGAGACUGUCUCUUCCUAAAGAUCCUUAUCAAAUAUGUCUUUAUCCCAAUGAAGCUAAAAGAUUGGGGUAUUAUGAAGCUGUCUUACAUGCUGAAAGAGGUCAGAUUGACCCCAGACUUUGGAAUGAAUUGAAUGACAAAAUGAGAGAAGCUAGAGAGUGGGAAUGGAAAUACUUAAGCUUAGAGACUCUGUACAAGGCAUCAUGAGAGAACUUCACGAAUUAUUCUAGGUUAGCUCCAUAUCUAGCCUUUUUCAGAUUUGUAUUUUGCCUACUGAUUAUAGUAUCAAUAGGAUCAUUAAUCUAG